AAGGGGCAAGCUUAGAAAUAGCAGCCUUGAAGAUCAAAAGCUCAAGCACAUCGCACUUUAUAUGGCUCUAGCAAUCAAGGAGGUUCUUCUAGGAAAAGGAUGCUACUCCUCAGUAGACAAUUGUACUUUGAAAGAUCUAGGAGUAGGUUUCAUAAACUACUUCAAGAACAAAAACAAAAAAAUCAAGCAUGAUAGUCUUUCUAUGUUUUCUCACUCUUUGGAGCAAUGCAUCAUCCAUCUAGAAGGCAACCUUCAACAUACUCUUAUAAGAUCACCAAGAUAUGAUGUUGAAGUGGACUUACACAUGAGAUAUGUGGAUCUAGAUUCAAUGAAUGAGGGGGCAAAUCUAGGACAUGGGGAAGUUUGAGUAUUAUUGCUCUUAGGGAUGAACCCCUAUUUGACAUGACCAUUACUUCUGCCUUGGGGGUACUUUGGCCAAUUGGACAGUCAAGCUUUUCUUUGCUUCAUUCAUCCAUGAGUGGGAUGAGUCAGCUUUCUAAUAGCUCAGCUUGUGGCUACAUGAAAGGAGGGAAUAACAAGCUUUUUUAUAU